AUGCUUGAGAAGGAAAAUUAUAAACUGACAUCGUUCAAAAUAAUGUUUCAAUUGGCACUUGCUGACAUUAUUGUCAUUGCCAUAAACUCCAUACUUACGGGAAUUCUAGCUUUCCAAGGAGCAGUGUAUUGCACAUAUCCAACUUUAAUAUAUCUAUCUGGCUCAAUUGCCAUGAGCCUCUGGUGCCUGUCAUGUUUGACAUCAUUAAUUCUUGUUUGCAAUCGGCUUCUGAUUUUCUUCCAUCCAAAAAUUGAAGCAUUACUAUUUGAAGGGAACACAACGUUUAUUAUUCUGGCGUUUUCACUUGUCUAUGGCGGUUAUUUCCUGUUCACCACCCCGCAUGUCUACAAUUCUAAACGCCUUGCAUGGUUUUUCGAUCCGAUGAUUUUUUCUGGCAGGAUACAUGAUUAUGAUAAUACUUCACAUGCUAUCAAUAAUUUUUCAAUUGUGGCAAUUACAUGCGGUAGAGGUAUGGGAAAAAAACGUUCCAAAUUAGGUUCCAAAUUUGAAUCCGUACAAAACUCGUUCACUAGGAAACUAUACAGCAGGCAAAAGGGAAAAUACAUCAGAACAGAUGACCCCGACUAUAAGAGCGCUAUUCAACGUAAUGAACUAUUUAACUUAUCAACUUUAGAGGCUCGGCGUAAAGCUAUUGAUAAAGUUUUCUUGUCGAAAAUGCUAGUGAACAAAGUUGAUAUUGACUCUGACCAAUUUUUCAAAAUAGACAAAAAUAGUAAAACUCGUACCAAAACCAAGUUCAUCUGGGGGAAAUGCAAAACCAAACUACGAAGGCACUUUUUCACAAAUAGAGUAUUAAGUUCUAUAAAAAAAUAG